UAAUCCACUUCCACUCCCACUUCCGCUUCCUCAGACGGGCGGGCAGUCACUGAGCCUGGCUAGCUUCAUUGCCUGCUUGCUUUUGCUUGAUGGCCUCUGCUCUGCAUCUGCUUACGUGAAAGCAAGGCAAACCCCCCGAUACUCCUCUCUCUCUCUCUCUCUCUCUCUCUCUCUCUCUCUCUAUAUAUAUAUAUAUAUAUAUAGCACUAGCCACCAGAUAAAAAAACACAGACCGAGUCACCGAGUGAACACACUCUUCUUAGCACUUUUCUGCAUGCCUCUUGGAAAUAUCGAUUUUAUAAACCAAUCUUUCUUUCUUGAUUGGAGCUUGGAGUCUUGGAGACCAACAGCAAGAAAAAAAGCGACAAGAGAUUAUUCAGUUGAUACGGACCAGACAGCAAACCUGCUUGUCGAUGCUUCUCAAGCAUCCGCACGCCCAAUAUCUGACACACUGUUUGGAAUUUUCUUUGAGGAGAUUAAUCACGCUGGUGCUGGCGGGGUGUGGGCUGAGCUUGUAAGCAACAGAGGUUUUGAAGCUGGGGGACCUAACACUCCUUCUAACAUUGAUCCUUGGGCUAUAAUUGGGAAUGAAUCCUCUUUGAUUGUGUCAACAGACCGUUCAUCAUGCUUUGACCGCAAUAAGGUUGCACUCCGAAUGGAGGUACUAUGUGACAGUGAAGGCGCCAAUAGCUGCCCUGCUGGGGGUGUUGGAAUUUAUAACCCUGGGUUCUGGGGCAUGAAUAUAGAAAAGGGGAAGACCUACAGUGUUGUGCUUCAUGUUCGUUCAUCUGGAUCAAUCAAUGUAUCCCUAUCACUGACGGGCUCAGAUGGGUUGCAGAAACUUGCUGCUGCUAACAUUAUCGCUUCUGGUUCAGAAGUUUCAAACUGGACAAAAUUCCAGAUUCAAAUGGAAGCCCAAGGAACAAAUCCUAAUUCAAGACUGCAAUUGACAACAAAUAGUAAAGGGGUGAUAUGGUUUGAUCAAGUGUCGGCCAUUCCCUUGGAUACACAUAAGGGACAUGGAUUUCGGAAGGACCUUGUCCAAAUGUUGGCUGAUUUAAAACCUCGGUUUUUCAGAUUUCCAGGUGGCUGUUUCGUUGAAGGUGAAUGGUUACGAAAUGCAUUUCGUUGGAAAGAAACAAUUGGACCCUGGGAGGAGAGACCUGGACACUUUGGUGAUGUUUGGAUGUACUGGACUGAUGAUGGACUUGGUUAUUUUGAGUUUCUCCAACUAUCAGAGGACCUUGGCGCAUUGCCAAUAUGGGUGUUCAAUAAUGGAAUCAGUCACAAUGAUCAAGUUGAUACUUCCAAUGUCUUACCAUUUGUACAGGAAGCUCUUGAUGGUAUUGAAUUUGCUAGAGGCAGUCCUAAUUCUACAUGGGGUUCUCUUCGUGUUAAAAUGGGACACCCAGAACCUUUUGACUUGAGAUAUGUUGCUAUUGGGAAUGAGGAUUGUAAAAAAACGAACUACCUAGGAAAUUACCUUAAGUUCUAUAGUGCUAUAAGAAAAGCCUAUCCUGACAUCAAGAUAAUUUCUCAAAAGUUGGAUCAUCCAGCUGAUAUGUAUGAUUUUCAUAUCUAUACAUCUUCCAGCGACUUGUUUUCUAUGGCUAAUCAUUUUGAUCACACAUCACGUGAUGGUCCCAAGGCUUUUGUGAGCGAGUAUGCCGUGACUGGAAAAGAUGCCGGAACAGGAAGUCUUCUAGCAGCAUUAGCUGAAGCCGGAUUUCUUAUUGGACUGGAGAAAAACAGUGAUGUUGUUGAGAUGGCAAGUUAUGCACCACUCUUUGUCAAUACCCAUGACAGGCGGUGGAAUCCGGAUGCAAUUGUCUUUGACUCCUCACAGCUUUACGGGACUCCUAGCUACUGGGUGCAAUGUCUUUUCAACGAAUCUAGCGGAGCAACUAUUUACAACACAACACUCCAAACAAAUUCUUCUACUUCACUUCUUGCAUCUGCAAUUUCGUGGAAAAACUCAAAAAACAAGAAUACUUACCUAAGAAUAAAGGUUGUGAACUUGGGAACCAACACAGUGAAUCUGAAGGUUUCUGUGAAUGGGUUGGAGCCAAAUUCUAUUAGUCCAUCUGGAUCGACAAAAACUGUGCUUACAUCAAACAACUUGAUGGAUGAGAAUUCCUUUAAAGAACCAAAGAAGGUGAUACCGAAACAGAGCUUGCUGGAGUCGGCUGGUGAGGAAAUGGAAGUUGUAAUCUCCCCGCAGUCCUUCACCUCAAUUGAUUUGUUACUGGAAUCUCUCUUUGUUUCUUCUAUGUGAAAGUUAGGGAUGAACAUUGUAUCGUGUCAAUUAAGUCAAGUAAAAUAACCCAGUUGCCAGUCCCAGCGUAAUCAUAUGCAAUAAUCCAGUGUAAUUAUAUGAAAUAACCUCACAAAAACGGCAUUUCUUAGUUGCUUCGGGCGCGUAUAUUUAUUUGUAAAUGUUGUGCACUUGGAAUUGUUUAGAGGUGAAAUGAAAGCAGUGGAAUUGACAAAA